AAAAAAAAUCCCAUAGUGUACGCCCUCAAGUGAUCUAGCAUUUAGUCCACCCCCGUCUCCUAUUCAAAUUCCUACGCUCUCGUAUUUUCCCAACGACCUGACAUUUUCAUACAAAAACAAUACCCAUCCCCGUUCGACAUUGCCAUAUCGCACGCAUGCAAAGCAGCAGCCAGAGGAAAAUACCGAAAGCCGUAGGCGUUAAUUUUUCCCACUGUGCACUCUUCGUAUGUGCGAUGACAUUAGUGCCUAAAAAGAGACUUGUAUUUUUUCCCAAAUAGAAAAUGGCGAACUUUGCGUGUUGGUUGAUUUACAUUGUGUCUAAUUAUUGACUUGUGUUCUAUGUGAUCUUUCGGAUUUGCACGCGAAAAAGUGUCUGGAGCGCGACCAGCAGCCACUAGAUACGCCAUCGAGAUCAACCAAUUGCAAAUCGGUUCGCUAAAUGUCAUGAAAAAUACGGAAAAUACAGAAGUCGCAGUGGAAAAUUGUUGACGGGGCUCCGUCAGUUGAAGUGUCGACGGAAAAACAUCAUAAAGCGACGGAAAGAGAGAAAAACACUCGAGCCGUGGCGAGUGAGUAAGAAGUGGUUUUCCUCCUGUAAGGAAGGCUUGCAUGUCCGCAGGGAAAUUGGCGAACUUUGUUGUGGAAAGUGACGAGUGCAUGAAAAUUUUCCCGAGGUUCCUGUUGUGAGUGAGAAGUGUCGUACGUGACGGGACAGUGUCCGAUAGUUUCGCUCGUCUCCCUUUGGCCCGCCGUGUGAAGCCGCCCCUCGCCACGCGCGCCGUGUCUUCCCGUCGUGCCGUGCGUGACAGAAAAUAAAGCGAAGAAAAUACACGGGAAUUUUCCUCGGGGGGUGUGAGACGACGGCGAGAGCAACAUCGUCGCGGUGAAAAUCGUUCGUGCCGCGCCGGACACACUCGGAAUUGGCGACUGUCAGGAAAACAAAAACAGUGCCUGCGAGACAUCAACAAAGCGCGAAGUUUCGAGGAAAUCCCCGUGAUUGUGGUGCUCCCCUUGCAGGACCUGUUCCAUUCAUAAUUGGGAAUAGGGAGAAAGGCAGCGAGUGGACUCUGAACACUUUUCAACCCCGUCUCUGUGCCGUUGUCCGCCUGCCGUUCUGUCUUUUGUCGGAUCCGCUCGGCUCGCCCCGUACGCAGUGGGAAAAUUGAUGAUUUCCACGAUCGCUUCGCGCCGUUUACCGAGUUUUCUUCGUCGAUCGCAGCGAGAGUCGUUUCAUUCCGUUCACCUGUCGUUUCAGACGUGCUUUUGAGCGAGAUAGCACGAAUAUAGUGAAGUUCGCCGUGAAUAUUUCGGGCGAAAACACAUACUGUCCCAAGUACAUAUCCAUACACACGAACACGUAAGCCGUGACAGACGAUACGACGGAUUUUCCGUAUUGUCGUCCGUCAAAAAACGUCGUCGCUAUUCCAUCGAAAGUCAAUUUUUCGUUCGUGGAAUUUUCGCGAUUUCUAAUUUCACCGGGAAAUCGGUAAACGGAAGAAGGUGCGGAAACUGCAACGAGAAGAAAGGAAAAUGUGAGGAGCAUGUUUGUUGCGCUCCUUCGCCUUGAGAUGCCUCCGUGAGUGCUUGAGCUGCGUGUGCGACGACAAUCGAGACCCACUGAAAUUGUAAUGUAGUGUUUUCCCUGCUCUUCAUUUUGUUUCUUUUUAUGAUUCUUUCAGCAGUUUUCCGCUGCCUUUUCUCAGUUUUCCGCCGCGCGGACUACUAAGUCUCCCCCGAUUGAACUCUGCGUGCGCCCACUGAUGAACUGUCACCCCAUUCACGCUUGUUUGACCGAAAUUGGACGCGGGAUGUCACACAGCACUCUGACGUAUUUCCCAAGAAAUUAGAGAAAGAAACUACUCAAGACUUGUCAGUGUAGAAAUCAGCGAAUCGUGGGUGAAAUGUCGUGCCGCGUUCGACGACGGUUUUGGAGAAAGGGGUGCCAAAGCGACGCACGCUAAACAGCGGAGUACGUUUCGCAUUGAAAUUUCUUGUGGCCUUGACUGACUGCCUCCCCCAAUCAUUCUACUGAAUGCAAUAAAACGCAACAAGAGACCCGAAGAGAAAGGACUUCGCACUUUGAGACCCAAUAGACUCCCCAACUUCAUUACAUUUAUUUACUUUCUCCGCUUGUGAAGUUCACCUGCGGGCGAAGUUCAUUGCUAUUUGCUCACGACCCUGGGCACCACUAAAAGAACCCUUCACAGACAACCCGGAACCUGUUGAUUUGUGACCCUUGCCAUUCGGUCACUCGAUUCAUUCAAUGAGGCCAAGUGAUCCUCAUAUGCCAGCAAAACAGAACCCGGAACAGCCAAGCUAUCUGCAGAAAUCGAAGAAGGAAAAUUUCGCGACAUUGGCCAGAUUGCGAUGAAUGAGGUCACUGAGCAGCAGCAGCGGAUAUGAAGGAUUUCUACAAACCCUAUCUAAAGAACAGUGAUGUGGAUAUGAAGAAGUUACAAAAGCCACGGUAUAGAACAUAAAACCGUAGGAGUAAAAACCAAAACCAUGGCACAUAGUUAAUGAAUCUUAUGAAAAAAAAACAUUUAAAACGUCAAUGAAAGAGUAACAGUCAAAAUAUUUUUUUACGAACCAGAACAAACCGGGAUAUUUAUAUCAAUUUCUUUUAUACUGAAACCAAAAGAUCCUAAGCCACAUAUGAAGCAGCUACACAUAAAUCAAAAUUUCUAAGAGAACGGACUUUAUGAUAUUAAAAAAGAGACAUUUUGUAAUCAGAUUCAGCAACUAAAGGGACAAGAGAAUUUCCACAAAGAAUUGCCUCCUAAUCGGCUCAUAUUGUAAUUUGCAUUAUACAAAUGACCAAAUUUUGACCAAAAACAAAGGAAAGCCUGAAGACAUUUCCAUUGAGAGCACAAGCAACUGAUUGAUUUUAAUGAAAAGAAAGAAAAAGCUUAAGUCAAAUCAAAGUCUACAUAUUUGCAAUAAAAAGGAGAGAGAAAUACGUUGGAAUGAAAUAUGUAGCAAGUAAAAUAUAUACGCGCCUUAUUACCUAAUUCAAAACAAAACAACAAAACCAAAAUAAACCCAAAAACAACAAGCAUAAACAAUUAAUGCAAUAACGAAGCAACAACAAAAUAAUAUUAAUGAAUAAUAUAGAAAAGUAAUUUUAUAAAGCAACAAACAAUUGAGAAUCAACAAUUCUAAUUUAAUAUAUAUGUUAAAAUAAAGUAACUAGAACUAAAGCAUCAACAUGGAUGAUUGCGCACGUAUGGAAAGAAGGGAACGCGAUAAACUCGCACGUCAACAAUUACAUAACCCGACACCGGAGUCGUCACUGUUUCCAGAACCAGUACGGAUUGAAGGUGAUUCGACCAUAGAUCAAAAAUUGGGUGACUACUCGGUUGCUCGGAGCCUGUUGUUCUCCGAACCAAAGCAAACUCGUAUCAUAGGAAUCACAACAAAUGUCACAAAACCCCCGCCUCCGGUACAACGACCGCCACCACCACAGCAACCACCUUCGUUUUCAACUGUUGGAUUAGGCUCAUCAUCAUCGACAGCUGCACCAACAUUUGCUCCACCUCCUUCACAAAAUAAUCGUAGUAUCCCGCCAUCACAUCGCUACCAUCAACCGCAUCCGUCACUCUCCUCGACACAAAUCCGUAGCGGAAGUGGGACAUAUUUAAAGCAACCGGACCCAAAACCAACGCACAAUGGUCGUUAUCCAAUAGCACCCAUCAACAAGCAUGAUACGCAUUUAAAGAACAGCAGUAGCGGCCUUGGGCCGCCACCGCCAUCAUCAGGCUCGUCAAUGAUGCCAAAUGGUCGAUUAAAUGAGAAAUCUCAAGUUUUGGGGAGCACGAGUAAUACGAGUGGUAAUAGUGCGCCUGUUCCUAAUGGGCGCUUUCAGGUUCCUCUUGUGCCUAAGCAGCAUAGAUAUCAUCCCAUCGAGAAUACAACUGCUUCGCCACCGAGGAGUGGCGAUGUGGAGAAUAUAUUGAAAGAGAUGACCAUGCGAACAAUGCCCGUGACUGAGAUUGCAGCAACGCCUCGUAAAGAAUUCGAGACAAAAUACAACCUUGGUCAACCCAAUCAUCACGUUUAUGCCGCGUUGCCUCCAGCGUUUAAAGAUUCUUUUACAAAACAACGUGAUAAAAAUCUGAAUGUGCCUAAAUCAACCGAACUUCUUGAAAAUGAUCUUGAACUAUCCGAGAGUGACGAUGAGCGCAAGAAGCAAACACCAGCAGAACCAUCACCACCAACCAACGAUAAUUCCAGUGACAGUUCGGAAUCCGCUUCAAGCGAGUCUGAAAGUGAAGAGUCUACGGGUGGUACCAGAGGAGAUGCUUCCAAUCAAACGAGCAAAUGGAACCUGAGCAAAUAUUUUCUGAAGGAGAAUGAUGCUUCGGCGCAACCCUCACCACAUGAUAGUCAUAAUGCAAAUAUCAAGCAUGAACCAAAUAUUCUUGAUGACAAUCACUUGUCAUCUCCAACACCAUCUCCCUCCUCAACGCAUCGCCAUGAAGCAAAUCACAUUACUCCGAUUAACCCGAUCCUACCGGUGGAUAUUAAGAAAGAAAAUGCGGCACAGGAUUUCAAUAAAGCGAAUAAUAAUAGCUUAGAAUUGCAACCAAAUCAAAUCAAGAGUGAGAAUUUCGAUAAAAGCCCAUCAAGUAGUCCAGGGAAAGUUCAACAUUCGGAUACCGUUGAAUCGGAUCAAAUUGAGAGCGUUCUAGCUGAAGCGAAAGGAUUGGCGGAAUUGAAGCCAGUCUCAGAUAUUGGUACUAGUUCAGAUGAAAACAGUAUAGCAAAAAAACAAGUGCCCGUAGCGAUCGUCAAAUCGCCAGCCAAAAAGCCAGUAAAACGCCGCAGAAAAGUACAAAAGGACAAGAAACUUGUCGACAGUGAUUCGAGCGAUGAUGAUGGUGAUUUCUCGAGCGCCAAUACGCUAUCGGACAGAGGCCGCUCGAUUGAGAAAGAAAAGAAGGGUCGUGGUCGACCACGUAAAAAUCCUAUUGUUGCUCCGGCUGCACCCACUAACAAAUCACCAGCAGUGACGCCAGUCAAGAACUCCUCGGCGACAGCGGCAGCUAAUAAGCGCGAUCCGCCUGCGAGGAAAGCUGGUGCAGCUAAGAGGGCGUCACGACAGAAUUCCAUAGUUAAAAGUCGUGAGAUAUUGGAUACAACGACUGACUCAUCGUCUGACGAUGGGCGAACGGCGCCCGCUAAACCAAGUGUGCUCCCAUCUCCAACUUUGUCAGCAUCGGCACAAGUGAUCCCGUCUAAAGCGGCCGAGCUUGCAAAUCGAGGUGCUUUAAUAUCAACUCAUAAAUCGUCAGCAAAAGUGGAAAAUGUUGCGGUACCUUCGAAAUCGAGUGAUGAUGAUGACGACGAUGAUGAUGAUGACGAUUCGUCAAGUUCUUCAGAAAAUAGUGAUGAUGAGCGGGUCCCAUCUUCAGUCGAACGUGCGUCAUCCCGACAACAAUAUUUGUCGGGUCAUCACAGUUCCUCACAAAGCCAUCACUCCUCGUCGUCGUCAAGUCAUUCCGAUAGCGAUAGCGACUCACCUCCUAGGGAGGACAAAAAAAUCCGUGAUAAAUCAAAAAGUGAUAAAAAUAAAAGUGAUACACUACGUAAACUAUUUGUUAUCGGUCCAAAUCGCGGCGAGGGGGGAGCCAAAGGUAAAGGCCAAGUUCUUAUUGUUGACCAAUCUGAAGAAUCACAAAAUCAUCCAACGAAAGAUGGACCGCCGAUACACCAUGAGAAAAUUUUAUCUCCAAUAGCUUUCAAGCCUCAUAGUAACAAUAACGAUGCUUUACAUCAUCCUCCACUGACAGUUGCCGGCGCAAAUAAUCAUUUAAAAUCUCCCCGAACCUCAACUACAGCUAUGCUAUCAGCAACGGCUGUGACAGCAGGGAAUACGGCACCGUUAACUAGCAAUAUUUCGAGCAAUAGUAAAUCUCCAUCGACAGCGACACUGAGAACACCCGAACGAUUGCCUACAAUGAAUAAUAGUAGUAACAAAAUACAUAGUGUUAGUAAUACGAAUAACAACAGUAACAUUAGUAGUAACAGUGUAAAUACGAAAACUCCCCCAAUUAUUUGUCGGAUUGAUUUGUCCCUACUGUUGCAUGUUCCGAGGGCUUGGUUACAAAAUUCCUAUAAAAUUCGGGACGGUAACAUUAGUAAUAACUCCACACAAAUCCAAAGUGCUCCUCAUAGUGACGACGAUCGGCUCAAAAGUCCGAAGUUGCCUCUGACGCCGAAACAUAGUAAUAAUAGUAGUAAAAUCAGUCACAAUCUUUCGGAUAUCAGCAGCAGUACGAACAGUACUAGCAACAACCCUAGUAAUAAUGUAAGACUGGUCAAUAGUGACGCAAUAAGUAAUCAAAGUGCAGCGGCUGCCUCAUCGCCCGCAACUUCACGGAUUGCGGACGGGAGUGGUCUUAGUAAUAAAAGUAAUUUGAAUGCCGAGAAUCUUGGAGCAAACAAGGGUGAUCUUUACAAUGCGGACAACCAUUGUAACCGCACGGCGAAGGACGCAACUCAGCUGAGUCCCCUAUUAACACACAGCCAGCCUCCGCCAUCGCAGCCCUCGCUUGUGUCCCCAAAGCACGAACAGCUACCCCAUCCUGCCGCCAUGAAAUCUGUCGGAGCGGCCGGUAUCAAACAUGAAUCGAUAAAAUCUGAAUUCACACCGGACGACUACAUGACGUUCGCUGGACCAGGAGGAGCAUCAUCAAAACCUCAAGGUUUGAUCGACAACAAAUGCAAUCUUUACAACACCUCUAAACUGGGAGCAAAUAAUAACGUUAAGCAAGAACAAUUGAUCAAAAACGAAUACAAGAGUUCUUUUAUGGGGAACGAUUACAGCCAGAAUCAAACGCAGGGGCCAGUGUUAGUAGAUCCUAUUGGAGGCGGAGCGCUCGGUACAGUGCCACCCCCAAUGGCAGCAAUUAAUGCCAGUUGCACGGCAGGUAUGAAGUCGACAUCGAGUGAUGAGCCUAUUCCAAAGAAUCGUCGAAAACGAAGUCUUAGUUCGAGUAGUAGUCCAUACAAGGAUAAAAAGAGAAAAAAAUCCGGUGCUCAAAAUGAGGUGUUAGAACAAUUACCUCCUACAAAUCAUGAUCGGUUAGCGGAGAAAUAUUCACCACCGCCGUCGAUCAUUCGCUUAGCAUAUAAGUCAUAUUUCGAGCGGGUAGAUGACGAUAUUAGAUUAGAUCAAGAACAGACAAUAUACCUCCGAGAGGCAAAGCGUCUUAAACACUUGGCGGACCGUGAGAGCGUCCAUUUCAACCAGGUUACGUUAUAUCUGAAGGCUGUACUGUAUUUUCUAUUGUCGGCGGCUGGCAUGGAGCAGGACGACCGAAUACCAUCUGCAUUUACAAUUUAUAAGGACACAUUGUCAUUAAUAAAAUUUAUAUCAUCAAAGUUUACUCAUCCGCCACUGCAGGCCAUCGACAAUACAAAUAAGGUGGCGAUAUUGAGUUUGCGAUGUCAAUCACUAAUUUCGCUGAAACUCUACCAAUUGAAGCGAACGGAGAGCAAAGAAGCCCAAAAAACCAUCAACCAGUACUUCGCAAAAGGCUCCACUGAGAUAGUUAACGGAAACACACCGUCGAUAUCGCCAAGUUCAGUAUCAUCGCUUGGUUCGGGAUCAAAUACGCCGCCACUACACAUGGUACCUGCGCAGGUAAGGUAUCCAGCACAUCACUUUCAAAAGUACCCAACGGAUACUUAUCCAUUUGAGGUGCACGCAGCGUUCCAAAGACAGACAUUAGCAUACAACUAUAUAUCGAGUGCGCACGAACUAUGGGAGCAAGCCGACAAUUUAGUGAAAAAGGGGAACCACAUGGGUUUUUUCAUCGAAUUGGAUCGGAUUGGUGGACCAUUAACUUUGCAUAGCUCAAUUUUUGAUUUAUUCAAAUACGUUCAACGAGGGUUACACAAAUUGAAGGAGAUGUAAUUAGUUUACAUCUCCACAGAAGGAAAGAAGAGGAUGAUUCCCUCAGAUGGACUUUCUAAGAAUGCAAAACAUGCGAAUUCACAACAAUUAAUUUAUUACUACUAAUAUUAAAUGUAUAUUCUAUGUGAUUAACGUGAAACAGACGGAUGAAAUUAUAUACGAAGCAAACCAAAAUUUCACAAUUUUUUACAUAAAUUAUUUCAUACCAAGUGGAGCGGAAGAAGUAGAAUAAAUUAUAAAGCCGGGAACACUACGUGUGUAGUGGUCGCGCACAUGUAAUUUGUAAUAAUCAAAGUGAAUGAAUAGAAAACUAAAAUAUCGGGAGAAACGACACCACAAACUAGAAGAAAGUGAAAUUGAAACACAACCACACCCAAUUCUUUCUUAUAAAUAUGUAGUAGGAAUUAUUUAUACAUUCAUUACUUGAAAGCAAGUAAGGGAGGAAUCUAGUUUAUACUUAUUUGUAUCUAUUACAUAUAUCUAGAUUGUAGUCUAUGCUAUAAUUCUAAUUAUUAUUAUUAAUUCUGAAUUUUAAGAUUGUGUGGUGGUCAAUUUGUAAAUAUACAUAGUGAUGAUUAUAAAUGAAGGAAUAUAUAGAAUUAAAUAUCCAAUCAUGGACGAGGAUAAUACACACGUUGAUAUAAACAAAAAGAAGAGCAUUAAUUUUAAGUAAUAUAUGAAUAUAUAUUCUAUUUAUAUUUAAAGAAAGAAAAGGAGCAACAAAACUCAAGAAUAAAACAAAAACACGAAAAAAAACAAAACUAAUGAAAAAAAUCACUGAAAACAAUUCUUUUUUAGAUAUUGUGUAAUAUGUAAUGAUUUUAAUUUUUAUUAUGUUUUAAUUGAUUUAAAACAAAAUUUUUUAUGUGUGGUGAAACACAGAAUGGAGAAAGGAAUUAUUUGUGAAAAGUGAAAAAUGAAAGGAAACAACAACCAUUACACAUUAAGGUUAAUAUUGAAAUCUUGAACAAUUUAUUGUUAUUAUUAUUAUAUUAUAUUAUUAUUGAUACCUAAAUUAAAUUAAUUUGCUAAAAAAAUUAAA